UUAAUUUGAAUCAUGAUUGACGUUUACGCAUCAUCGGUUCUUUCUUCCUCUCAUACAAUUCCACUUCCACUACACCAUCAUAUCUCACUUUCACCCACUUCGUAUUUCGUCAAAUUGGUCACGUGCUCACGCGUGACUGGAACCUUCUCGAACCAUCUCAAAUCUCACUUCAUUGUUCAUUCCAUUCCGCGAUCCAAUUCAACGUGCUUUCUCUCUUAAGUCCAAAACCGCGUUUUCGAGAACAAGAAAUCGCCAACAAUGGCGGAAGAGAAAGCGGUUACUACCGCCGACGCCGAGAAGAAAGAGAAGACGAAUGACACGGUUACUACUACUACUAAUGGAAGCGGAAAGAAGAAGCGUAAAGGUUUCAUUUCGCGAAUUUGGAAUUUUGUAUUUAGGUCUAAUAAAGAUGAUUUUGAGAAGAGGCUUCAGUGUAUUUCUAAGGAAGAAGCUUCUGUUAUGAGUAGAAUGAACAUCAGAUCCCGUUCAUGGAGGCGUACCUCUCGCGACAUUAUUAUUUUUUCUAUUUUAUUUGAGGUCUUUGCUGUAGCUUAUGCGGUUAUGACAACAAGAUCCAUAGAUAUGAAUUGGAAAAUGAGGGCGAUUCGAGUUUUUCCGAUGUUUCUCUUUCCUGCCUUAUCAUAUGCUACUUAUUCAACAUUUGUAAGCUUCAUAAGGAUGUGUGACCGCAGGGACCAGAAAAUUCUUGAAAGGCUGAGAACUGAAAGGAAGGAAAAAAUUGACGAGCUCAAAGAGAAGACAAAUUAUUACAGUACUCAACAACUCAUUCAGAAAUAUGACACAGACCCAGCAGCAAAGGCAGCUGCUGCAACUGUUUUGGCAUCCAAGCUGGGUGCAGAUUCGGGUUUGAAAGUGUAUAUGGAAGAUAAAUCUAAAUCUGGUGCUCCAACAGGAAAGCCCAACAAUGUUGAACCUGUGCAGUCUAGUGGACUUCAAAAUCGCAAACAAGGGCAAACUCAAUCCACUAGUCCGGGGACAACUACCCCAAAUCAUCCUGAUCAACAAUUAAUUGCUUCAGGGGGAGCUGAUCAAACUCAGACUCGUGUGCAGAAACAGCCGGUAGUUGUUGAGCAUCACCAACCUCAAAGCUCAACAAAGUAUGAUGGAGGUUUGGUUGCUCGAAUUGCAGCAUUGCUGGUUGGCGAAGAUCCAAUGCAGUCCUACGCACUCAUAUGUGGUAACUGCUAUAUGCAUAAUGGCCUUGCUCGAAGAGAGGAGUUUCCAUUUAUCACUUACUACUGCCCACACUGUCACGCCCUGAACAAACCAAAGCUAUCGGCUGAGCCCAUCUCUGGUUUUAAUUUGCCAAACACUGGUUCCCCAAAAACUGAUAGAGAGGCAGUUAAAAAUGCUAGUAUCACUGCUUCUGACAGCUUGGUCGGAAACAUUAAACCAGUAGAUGCUACCCCGGAGAUCAAGCGCAUAUCUGAAGAAGCUACCACUGAGAUCAAGCCCAUAUCUGAAGAAGCUAUCCCUGAGGUCGAGCACAUAUCUGAGGAAGCUACAACUGAGAUCAAGCACAUAUCUGAAGAAGCUAUCCCUGAGGUCGAGCACAUAUCUGAAGGAGCUACCCCCGAGGUCGAGCACAUAUCUGAAGGAGCUAGUUUAGGGAAAGAAGAAAACUAGUGAAAAGGAAGCAUUAUUUUGGGGCGGGCUGUUCUUUUUUUGGGUCAAAGGGGACGAGCUGUUUGAAUACACGUCUUGCCCCUUGUUUCGGGAAAUAGACUAACUAUAAGGAGUACAACUUUGGUUUUGAGGAAAAGUGUUGAUGUAUUACUUUGAAACCUGUAAUAAUAUAUAAAAAGUAAUACGUAGAUAGCAUUAUCUUGUUUGUAACUUACAGAAAUUUUGGGAUUUGAUUUUCAUUUUGUUAGGACAGUUUUGGCUCAAGAGUUGAAUCCAAUAAUUUGUCUAUUUUGUGUAAA